CUCUUCUCUGCGUAGGUCACCACCUCCCCUCCCCUCCCUUUGCUUCCACCGCCAUUCCUUCUCUUCGUUAACAUCGAAGAGCUUUCUCUCUCUAACUCCUUCUCUCUCUCUCUCUCUAUCAGUAUUUAUACCCCUUCCUCUGCCUCUCGCCAUCUCGCGCCCAACAUUCUCUUCCCGACUGAUGGCUCCCAUGAAGAUCAAGAGGCCCCCCGGCUCUCCUUCCCAGACCCUCGCUUCCUCGCAGGAGGCGAGGCUCCUCGUCCGCGAGACCCUCCGGAUCAGCGCCAAUCUCGCCUCCGCCCCUCCCGGCCCUCCUCCUCCGCCUCCUCCCCUGGUUGCCGCGGAGUCGAGCCGCGAGCCGGGGCCCCAGGCGGCCGCGUUCGGGGUCGGGGGCGAGCAAUUCGUCGACUCCAGCAUGCGGUUGAUCUGCUGCGAGGUGGUGGACGGCCGCAGGUGGCAGUACGUCGCCGAGAACGAGGCGUCCGUCUCCGGGAGGUUCAAGAAGGGUUCGUUCCGCGCCAUCAGCUUGCAGUCUCCUCAAUCGCCGGCUGACGAGCUCAUGUCAUUUGUAAGAUCCUAUGUCGUCCCCGAAGGUUUUCCCGAUAGUGUCACCCCCUCAUAUGUGCCAUACAUGACAUGGAGGGCGUUAAAGCACUUCUUUGGUGGAGCAAUGGGAGUUUUCACUACACAGACACUUUUGAAUUCUGUUGGAAUUUCACAAAGGAGAGCUACUUCUGGGGCCGUUGCUAUUAACUGGAUUCUCAAGGACGGUGCUGGACGUGUUGGGAAGAUGCUUUUUGCAAGGCAAGGAAAGAAGUUCGAUUAUGAUCUAAAACAGUUGCGCAUUUCGGGGGAUCUUCUUAUGGAAUUAGGUGCUGCGUUGGAGUUGGCAACUGCAGCUGUGCCUCAUCUAUUUCUUCCUUUGGCAUGUGUUGCCAAUGUGGCCAAGAAUGUAGCUGCGGUAACAUCAACAUCUACCCGGACACCAAUUUACAAAGCUUUUGCUAGAGGAGAAAACAUCGGAGAUGUUACUGCAAAGGGAGAAUGUGUUGGCAAUCUUGCAGAUUUGUUAGGAACUGGCUUGAGCAUUAUGAUCUCCAAGAGGAAUCCCUCCUUGGUUAGAACAUUUGCUCUUUUAUCAUGUGGAUAUAUCUUCAGCUCCUACCAGGAGGUGAAGUCUGUAGUUCUGCAUACGUUGAACCGUGCAAGAUUCAGUGUGGCUGUGGAUUCGUUCCUGAAGACAGGUCAAGUCCCAUCUUUGCGAGAAGGGAACAUGAAAGAAAAAAUAUUUAUGUUUCCAUGGUUGAAAGAGAGACCUAUUGUUCUUGGACCAAGAUUCAAGGAUGCCUUUCAGGAUGCAGUUGCAUAUCUGGCUGUAGCACCUUUCUUUGAGCAAGAAAAAUAUAUCGUCACUUACAAUCCCGCAAAGGGUAAAGUGUUUGCAUUGCUGAAGGAUAAGUCGAAGCCUGACGACGUUCUUAAGGCAGCCUACCAUGCUCAUGUACUUCUGCAUUUCCUACAAUCAUCAAACAAAGGCCGGUCAUCUUCUGGGUCACCACAAGAACCAAAUUACUCAUACCAUGAAUUAUCAACUGCUAACCUUGAGGAUCGCAUUGCCGAGUCUUGUGAAAUGGUGUCAGCCUCUUAUGGGCAUUUUAAGAGUAAAGCGGCAGAACAGGGGUGGGUGAUGUCUGAAUCACUUCUUAAUCCCGGUCGUGCUCGGUUGUGUUGAGAAAAUUAACAGCAUAAGAUUCAAUGACUCAGUUGACUUUUGUCCUCUUCUCACAUAUGGAGGGCUUUGAAGGUCUAAGUCCAGAUCUUGAGCAUCUUCUACACGGGUCCCACUGUCAAAUAACAGCAAUUAUGGAUGGAUGAUACAAACAAGCUGUUAGCAAAGGGGCUGUCUGCCAAGCCUAUUGGUGAUGGCUCCUAUUUAGCGGUCAAAAUCCCGAGUAACACAUUUCUAAUGGAGUGUCUGCGCUCAAUCAUGCGGAUGCGACCCUGCAAGAUGGAAAUAUUGAGGUCCAAAAAAGUAGCUGUACCAUAGUACUUUUUUUGUCUGGGUGACAGGGUGACAUCACAGGGCAGGUUCUCUCUCUCUCUCUCUCUCUCUCUCUCUCUCUCUCUCUCUCUCCAAGUUGGAAAGAAAAAUUUUGAAUGGGUCACUGGCUCUUUUCUUUUGUUUUUUUCAUUCUGUCCUUCAGUGGCAUUCCGAUGUUUCUUCCACUCCGACGUUGUAUCUUCUUUUUCUGGUUUUCUCUCAUAUUUAUAGCUUUUGUGCGUUGUAUCGCCGGAUCUCUCAAGUCUGUGUGAGACUUUGCUUUAUAUUUCGGUAUAUAUGAAGGUCUAAAGCGUUUAACAAAA